AUAAAAGCGGCGUUAAGGAGGGAAAAUUAUGAUUGUGAACGGGAUUAACUCCAUUGUGUUGGAUUAUUCUAAUCAUAUCUCAAAACUCUCAUCAGUUUCACAACUUCAAAAGACCGUAUAAGAGAGCUUCCAGCCCAUCAUGGCGCCUAUACCGCCUAUAUUGAUUAGGCUAGCCGCAACAUAUCUUACUACAGCAUUAACAAGAAGACUACAACAAUCACCUGCAUUCUUUCGAUUGGUGGACAGAUUGGUACAUGAAGCCGAUCACUUUCCUGCACGAAUGCAAGGCAAACCCGUUCCUCCAUACAUAAGCAGAGAUCCACAAGAGCCCACGAUAAGUGAACAAGCGCAAGAUGCAUGGCGAAGGCAAGUCGAAGAUCCAGGAGAACCACAUGAUAUGGCAGACCCAUUCCGACCACCAACAUCCUCAAAUGCUUCUGGCUCUACCUCAUCUUCGCCACGUCCCGAUCCACUGCUACAGCGACAGAGAGCAAAAGACACAUUCAAAGCAGCACAAAGGAACGCACAAAAGUCAAGAGAAAAACAAGCAAAAGAGCAGGAAGAUAUGAAAAGACAAAGUGAUCGAGAUCAGAUGCGGGAUCUGUUAGAGAAGAUACGGCAGGGCAAAUAAGAAAGAACUACAGCACGCAUACAUACAUACCUCACAACUUCAUUCAUAUUGCAUUUAUAUACCUUAAUUAUUUUCACAUCGGCGCUCGUAUAAGUCGAUUCUAUUCAAACAUGAUUGUAGAUUGAGCUAAAAGGAUCAGAACAGUUGAGACGGGGA